CAGAGAGAGAGAGAGAGUUUUUAUUGCGCUUCCGCUUGGGGAAAAGCCGACACGACGGUGGCAUGUCUCAGCUGAAGAGGUAGAAGAUGAAUCUGACGCUUUCUUCCCUUGGGCACCCGGCACGUCAAGAGCCCCCUGCGUCGCCAUGCGUCCUCUGCUUCCCGUGCACCGCACGUAACCCCUUCCCCGCCUUUAUAUACGCCGGUCCUCCUCUUCAUCCUCGAGUAGCAGCAGCUGAUCUGAUCGCGACAAUGCAAGCCGGGAAGAAUGCCAUGGCGUCCGUGAAGGAGACCGCCGAAAACGUCGCUGCCUCGGCCAAGGCCGGCAUGGACAAGACCAAAGCCACCGUCCAGGAGAAGGUGGAAAAGAUGACGGCACGCACGCCGGCGCAGAAGGAGAUGGCGGAGGAGCGCAAGCAAGAGAAGAUCCGGGAAGCCGAGGUCAACAAGCAGGAGACGAUGCAGUCCAACGCGGUCGAGAACCAGCAGACCCUCGCCGGCGGCCAGGUCGCCGAUCCGGGAUUCUACCCUGUCGAGGGAGCGGCAAGCGGCGGGACCGGGGCGGCGAGGCCGUCCGCGGCCCACGACCCCUUCCUCGGCCCCCGGUAGGCGGCCGGGGAGAUCGCACACCACGACCAACUUCGUUGUCUCUGUUUCAAGUUAUGGAAGUGUUUGCGCCUUGUCGAGUCCUACUUCACGUCUUCAUCGUGCUAGUGUGCUUCGCGUGAAGCAAGUCCUUGAAUUCGACAUUUGCUUGCUUCGUGGUGUCGAUGGGAUGAUGAGCUAGCUCGUCAUUUGGAUUAAGCACCGCCGUGUGUCGUGGCUUAACGACGACGACACCUUCGAGUGCCCUUAUCGUGCUCUAAACGGUGUGUCCUCCGACCAAAAACGCAAC